AUGGGAAUAUCUGGACUGCUACCUCUUCUCAAAUCCAUCCACGUCCAGAAACACCUUUCUGAAUUUUCGGGACAGACAUUGGCAGUCGACGGAUAUGUUUGGCUACAUCGUGGAGCGUAUGCAUGUGCGACAGAGUUGGCGACAGGGAGGAGCACGAGAAAAUACGUCGACUAUGCAAUGCAGAGGGUGCGGCUGCUUCGGCACUACGGAAUCCAACCGUAUCUAGUUUUCGACGGCGGACCAUUGCCUGCGAAACGAGGGACCGAGAACGAGCGGAGAGAACGGCGCGAAGAAAACUUGAUGCGAGGCAAUGCGCUUGCGGCCCAAGGGCGUCAUGCACAGGCUAGGGAACUCUACUGCAAAUGCCUGGACGUGACGCCGCAAAUGGCGUAUCAAUUCAUCAAGGCCCUGCGAGCAGAAAACGUUCCGUACAUUGUGGCACCUUAUGAGGCCGACGCCCAGCUUGCCUACCUUGAGCGCACAGGCGUUGUCGAUGGCAUCAUCACGGAGGACUCAGAUCUGCUUGUCUUCGGUUGCAAAAACGUUCUGUUCAAGCUUGACUCCGUUUCGGCAACCCUGACCUCGAUAUCCCGAAAAGACUUUGGCUCCGUCAACGAUGCUUCUGGCGGGCUCUCCCUCCGAGGCUGGUCUGACGUCGAAUUUCGCAGUAUGGCUAUUCUCAGUGGGUGCGACUACCUGCCGAGUAUACCUGGGGUAGGGCUGAAAACCGCGUGGACGCUGUUGAGAAAGCACCGGACUGCAGAGAACGUGAUUCGCGCACUGAAGCUGGAGGGCAAGAAAGACGUCCCGCGCGGAUACCUUGAAGCGUUCAAGUUGGCCGAAAAGGUAUUCUUGCAUCAGAGGGUGUACGAUCCCGUCCAGGAGAAACUUGUCUACUUGCACCCCAUCCCGGACGGCGAAGUGUGGAAGGCGGAGCAAGAAGCCUACUGUGGCGAGUACGUUGCCAACUUCACAGUAUACUUGGGCAAGUCAUGA